AUGUUGGAAAAGAUGUUGCCGUCGUUGAAAUCGGGUGAUGCGCCGCCGACGGCCGAACAAAUGCAGCAGGAGCUGCUGCUCGAUGACGACGAAUUGCUGGAUGGGAUGGCGAACGAGGGGAGCACCAGCAUGGAUUCCAUUCGAGCCAGAGGAUUCCUGAAGUACCGAUAUAACUAUACGCCGCCUGCCGACCUUGAAAAUCAAGUUAGGGAAGCGGCAGAACAAGUAUACCUUAUUGCUAAAGGCGAAGAUAUACGAAGCAUUGAUCUCACCAAGGAUCGGCGGUUGAAAUUCCAAUUGCUGGAUUUGUUAGGGGAGAGGUUAUGCCACGUAGUUCCCAAUUCCGAGCUGCAUCAGAUGAAAACAGUUGGUGAUUUAAUUGAUUUUUACGGGCGACCAUUCCGGAAUCUUACGCAAUAUGCGCAAAUGGCUCGCGAUUGCAAGAAAACAUUACCAAAAAAUUUGCAUAUAAUGGAACAUCCGGUUCGAUUUCACCCCGAAGAUACUCACACUUACCACGGAGGCGAAACAGCGUUUCCUGGCAGAGGAGGCGAAGUGUACGGCUUGCGGAACAAACGAUUAUACAGGCAGUUCAAGCCCAAAAAAGACUGGUUCGAUUACGAAGAAGAGUCAUUCGAUUAUACUCGUCCAGACGAAGGCAUGCCUUGGGAUCCUAAAAUCGCUGAGCGUAUGGAUCGAUAUCCAACAAAAAGAUUCAGCUUGAAGUCGAAAAUGUUCACACGAACUUGA